GGCACUUCCGCCUCCUGGAAACCGCCGUGUGUCGCCUCUUUGGUUCCCACCCAAACAAACAAAGCUCAUGGAGAUUUCUACCCCCUUAGAAACAGCUCUGUGUCCGGCCAGCUGAUCCCGUCAGUUAGCUGGACUUGUUAUCAGAAAAUCAAGCUCCUGUUAGCCGGUUACGAUAUCUUUCUGUAACGGUAUUUAACUGACAGUUUGAAAUUCCAGUCGUUGCGCAACACUAACGUUAACCUAGCUAGCUGCGAGUCUCCAAACAACAGCAGGAGAGAUGACAAGCCGUUUGUCGGUUACAGGCUGUACUUUAAAACGGGUUUGACAAGCACGGAUGACAGACCCGGUUCGGCUCCUGCUCGGAGAAGAUCAGAUGUUGAAGAUAAUUUGUUGAGUCAAGCUAGUUACCAGCACGCUGAGUAGCCGUGUACAUUAACCACCAUCCCUCAACUCUCCCCCCCCUCCCUACUUCCCUCCUCCUGUUUGCUCUGCUGCGGUCCCAUCCUGUGCUUUUCCACUCUAGUUACUAUGAGUGCAAUGCGUGUGGACGCCAAAGUGGUGAUGCUGGGGAAGGAGAGCGUGGGGAAGACCAGCCUGGUGGAGAGAUACGUUCAUCAUCGCUUCUUGGUCGGACCGUACCAGAACACUAUCGGUGCUGCUUUUGUUGCCAAACCAAUCCAGGUGGGAGAGAAAGUGAUCACCCUGGGAAUAUGGGACACAGCUGGAUCCGAGCGCUACGAAGCCAUGAGCAGAAUCUACUACAGAGGAGCCCGGGCAGCCAUAGUCUGCUAUGACCUGACCGACAGCAGCAGCUUCCAGCGAGCUCGGUUCUGGGUGAAGGAGCUGCAGAACUGCGAGGAACACUGUAAGAUCUACCUGUGUGGCACUAAGAGCGACCUGAUUGGAGGAGACCGGAGCCUGCGGCAAAUCGACUACCACGAUACUCAGGACUUUGCUGACGAGAUCGGUGCGCUGCAUUUUGAGACCUCCAGUAAAACAGGAAACAACGUGGAUGAGUUGUUCCAGAGAGUUGCUGAGGAUUACAACAGCACUGCCCUCCAGUAUAUGACAGCGGAGGAAACGGGCGUGGACUUGGGCCAGAAGAAAGACUCCUAUUUCUACUCCUGUUGUCAUAACAACUGAUGCCGAGCAACAGGAAGGGGAACAGACGCGGUCACCUACCCUCGGCCGGAGUAACAACCUGGAUAUGCUGGAAGGACGGCCAGAUAACUCGGCUCUGGAGCUGGGAUCCAACUCACAAGAGGAAGAAGAAACAAGUACUGCUUACUGUUUAUACCUUACUAUACAUGUUUAUUACUUUAGUGCCAUAAAGAACUGACGGCUGCAAGACCAUGGAAGAGGAUCUACUGCUGCUGCAACAGUUACUGGGUGGGAGAGGGAUCUAAAACCCUAAACUCUCACCCAGUUAACUCCCUUUUCUUCUGCAGCUUCUUCUGAGCUGGACCCUGGAAGUAAACAUAUCUCUGAAGCUGCGGAGUUCAUCAAUCUGAAGUUAAAAAGAGGGAUCCCGCCGAACACGGACUGGCAGAGAAAACCUGAUUGUUGUAGCAAGGGCAGUGCUUCAGGAGGGUGAAUGCUUUGUUUACAGCAGUUGGUUUUUGUUUACGUAUUUAACCUUGUUGUGGAAACCCGUCUGUUAGACCCACACAUCUGCAAUGACGCCGACGCGAAUGGAGUGAAGCCAACUACGAUAUA